CAUUCAGUUCAGCUCGAGAGUUCAACGUCAGUAGACGUUUCAUUGAAAUAGGCGCUACUGACCAACGAGUGAUAGGAAUAAUUUUUUAUUGAAAUAAAAAAGAAAUAUUCUCAAAUAUAUGGCGGAGCAUUGAGUUUUUAAAUAAAGUUACAAGUGAAACAUUUCAUUUUUGAUGAACGCCUGAAAAAAUAUCGAAAAAUAAACGUUCACGUACAAGUCAGCUAAAGUGCCCAAGUGAUAACCCAAGUGCUUGUAUGAGAAGAGAGGCCAACGCAUUGGCUCUGUAGUUUAAAGCAAGAGUGUAGAUACAAAAGCGAACAGUCAGCAUUGAACGGUGCACAGCUGCAGGUGGAGGCUGCUUAGCGCAUAGCUCACUUAGAGGCUAUAUAAAAUUGAUAAAAUCGUGACGAUAGUAACAUAUGUGAACACAAACGUAGACAAAGUGAUAAGAAUUAUUAAAAAAAUUUAAAAUAAAAAAAUAAUAAUUUUUAUUGAAAAUAAUUAAAAGUUCUUGAUAGUGUCGUGUGAACUCAUAUGGCUUGGAUUUAAAAAAAAAUAUAUAAUAUUUGAAAGUAUCUUUAGAAGCAACAGCAUAGCUUCCUUCCACCAUCUCACCUUAAACACGGUCGCAGAAGCACACUAAACAACCGCAGACAACAUGACCGAAGUGAUUGAGUUGAAUGUUGGUGGCGUACACUACACCACCGUGCUGGACACACUGUUGCAGGAGAAGUCCUCACAACUGCACGAACUCUUCAGCAACACCGAUGCGCUGGUGAAGGACAACAAAGGACGCUACUUUCUGGACCGCGAUGGCGUACUCUUCCGCUAUAUACUGGACUAUUUGCGCGACAAGCAACUCAGUCUGCCGGAGGGUUUCCGCGAGAAGCAGCGCCUGCAGCGCGAAGCGGAACACUUUAAGCUGGCCGGCAUGUUGGAGUGUUUGCGCAGCGGCAGCGAUAUGCGUGCACCGGGCUGCAUCACGAUCGGCUAUCGCGGCAGUUUUCAAUUUGGCAAGGAUGGACUCGCCGAUGUGAAGUUCCGCAAACUCUCACGUAUACUCGUUUGUGGGCGUGUGGCGUUGUGUCGUGAGAUAUUCGGCGAUACGUUGAAUGAGUCACGCGAUCCCGAUCAUGGUGGCCCCGAUCGUUACACAUCACGCUUCUUCCUCAAGCAUUGUUUCAUCGAGCAGGCCUUUGAUAUGUUGCAUGAGCGUGGCUUCCGUAUGGCGGGCAGUUGUGGUUCGGGUACGGCGGGCUCGGUGGCGGAACCCAAACCCGGUGUGGAUACAGAGGAGAAUCGAUGGAAUCACUAUAAUGAAUUUGUUUUUGUGCGCGAAUAAGCAGUGGAUGUGGUGGAUAGCAGUUGUUUUGGUGGCGGUCGAGCAACAGUCGUCGGUUUUAAGUACGCGGUUAUUGGAUUGUAGGGAUGGUGGAUAAUUUUAAACUCACACUAAUCUUCGAGUUAUCAACAACACAUGUAAGUGGGCAGAGGCAUUUACUUAGUGUGUGUUGCAUGUAUAUAUGUAUAAGAGUAUAUAUGGUAGCCUGUGUGGCAAAGCAGUAAAUAGUAAAAAGAAAGAAAAGAGCUCACAAAACUGUAGGCAAGUAGCAGAAAAGCAGCGCACAUUUUCUAUAGCCCGCAGGCUACCUAUAACCUCAAACCACUCACAAUCAGCUAGCUAGUCUUCUUUUCAACUCUGCUUUGCCACAAUGCGAAGCAACAUGUCAUUGCAAACAAUUCUCAAUUCGGUGCGCGUGUGUGCCAUUAGCUACAGUCACAUUUGUAUUUUUUUUUUUUUUUCAUUUUUUAUUACAACUUGCAACGUGCCAAGACACAGCCUGCGGCAACUAGUUUUUACCGCCUUUAGUGGCUUGAGAAGGUCAAAGCAUCCAUAUUGUAUGGUGUAAAGCGAAGACUACAUUUAAUGCAUGUCAAGACGAAAUGUAUUUCACGUAUACAGUUAAAUAGUCAGACAUUCAAACAUAUUUGUUGCUCCGUGAAAUGUGCGAAAUAAGAUGGAAAAUGGAAAACUGCGUAAAUACUUACACUAAGUAAAGUGGAAAAAUGCAUACAUACAUACAUAUACAUAAAUAGCUAAUACGUUCUCUUAUAUUUACUUUAAGUACCGAAACGUGUGGCAAUUAAAAUAAAAUAUAAGAAAUGUACACUUACAUUUAGUGCAUAAAAAUAGUAGAAACUUUCGCACUUUAUGCAGCGCAUGCAAGUAAUUAGCUGACAGGCUCCAUAAACCACCAAGUACUUAAUAUGUAAAGCUGUCGUUUCUAUGGAUUACUUAUUUAUAGUUACAGCUACGCAAAUGAGUGGCUAUUAAAAUUUAGAAAACCUCACUGUGGUCACGACGCAUAAACACUAAAGGUGACUUGAGUGCUCAAGUGUUUACCUUCGGACACUCGUUAAAAUUUUUUUUAUUGUGUCAAAUGUUUAUUACAUACCAUUCAUCAAUCUAAACAUUUGGGUAUAUUCACAAGAUAGUAGAAUAUUAGCAGAUGUACCUAAGAAUUCAGUGAACUUAUUACGAUAUUUUAAUUUUAACUUGUCAGUAAAACAAAAAUCCGUUUAAUCCUACGAGGCUACCAAAAAAAAACAUCACUCCUUAGUGAUGUAAAUAUCUCGAACUUCAUCCAAUACAUCAUUGAGAGAUGAAGUAACAUAUCUAGCUGAAGUAAUUUCAUCAGUGAGUACAGGACUCAGUUAUUUGCAAAUAUGUAUGACGAAAUCUUAAGCAAAGCUCUUUGACUUCAAAAUUGUUCCAAGAACUUAAUUCAGUAGUUUCAUUCAAUUUAAGUCUCAUCCAUGUUGUAUGAGACAUCUUAAAUAUUUUAUGUUAUGAAAACCAUAGUGAGCUCUCAAGUCGAUUUAGUCAGGGUAGUCUCAUAAAUCUUAUUGUAUUAUUAUAGAUUAUUUUAUGUCUGCAAAAGGAAUAUACACCACAAAGCGUUACAAUGAGGUCCUCUCAGUUUCGGAUUCGCUUAAGCUCCUUCAGAUGGAUCUAUGCGAUAUUAAUGCUUCCAGAGUGUAAUUUCUUGUGACUCUUGUGGCUGAUCACUUACUAAAGGCUACUUAAAUUAAAUAAUCCUGAAAUAUUUCAUAAAAAAAUUAAUUACUUAUUGGUCCAGAUGGCCAGCGGUUGAUUUUUUCCACAAAAGUUGGAUGGAUGUGCAGAAAAAAAUAUUUUCAUUCAGGACCACUUAAAAUCAUAUCCCCACAAAGCGACUGUUCUUUGAAAAAUGUAUAAAAAUUGGUCCGAUAGAGAAUGCUGCUAAUAAUAGAUGCCUCGAAAUCAGAAUAAGAGAAGUGAUUAAAAUAAAAAUCAGUUUCAACUCAACUCAAACUCCUUCUUAUGAAAAUAAACCUGAUUUAAAUUUAUCGUACAAUUUUCUAAAAUAGAAAGCAACAAAAAUAAUCAUGGACCUAAAAUUCUUAACAUAAUAACAUUCGUUUCAAGGUUAUUUCAAUAUUAUGGCCUUUCGCACAGCCAAAUUAAUUGAUCAAUUAAAAAAAGGACGUAUAUGUGUAAUUACAAAUACGUUAUUUGUCGCAGAGUUGAAUUUCAUUCUCAACUAGAUUAAAAUACGAUCAAAAAUUAAUAAAGAAAAAUGAGAUUUUCAUUUUGUAUGGUAUCAGCGCUUUAAUCGAGCAAACGCUGUUUAAUUGAUCAAUUAGCUCCUGUGCGAAAAGGCUAUUCGGUUUAACUUUAAUAAAUAUUUCCAAAAAAGAGUGUCACUAAAAUGCUAAAAUGACUUCAGAAAACGUUUUUACCUUUGGUAAUAUAAAAUAUGGUAACCUGAACUUCAAUUAGGCAUACCAAUGAUUUUAAAUAUGCAUUAUAUGAAGAACCGACAUUUCAACCCUUGCAAGAUCGUUACAUGUACUGAAAAAACUAGUCACUUCAUGCAAGAAAAUUCAAAUUUUCUGAAAGUUCAUUAUAUUUUGCAAGUAAAAAUCCAAUAUUAGCUUAAUGUAUGUAUGUAUGUAAGCAUUUUCCACUAUUCACACAAUUUUCUAAGAAAACCUAAGCGUAUGGACGAACUAACACACGACUGUUUGCGACACUUUGUAAACGAAUGCCAAAUAUUUAAAACGAAAUGAAAGUAGCAAAUUAUAUAUCAUUUAUAGGUGGAUAGAAAAUAAAAUAAGAAAUUGCAAGAAGAAAAACUUAUACAAAAUAUAAAACUAUGUUGAUAUAAAAUAAAUGAAAUACAAGUAUUGAACUAAUAUUAGUACGGGUCUUAGCAUUUAAACAAAAAUAAAAAAAGAAAACAAAAAAAAAAAAAUAAAAAUUAACUACAAAACUAAAAUUAAGUAAAAAUGAUUUUAAAUUUAAUUGCGGCAGCAGCCAAACGUUGCAAAUAGCUGGCAACGCUGCCAAGCGAACUCAAAUUUAUAGCAACGGUAAUUAGUAGACAUAAAUUGUGCGCUUGCGGUCGUUUUUGGGGAAAUUAAGAGGCGAACAAAAGUAGAGUAGAAUAAAUUUAUGUAAUGACUAAAUACUGAAAUGCAAAUGUAAUGAAUAGAUGCUAUAUAAAAAUGUAAUGCAAAUACAACAAUUGAUUAUGAAUUUAAUGAAGUUGCAAAUACAAAAAUAGAAAAACUGAAAAACACUAUUAAUUUCCAUUGUGAACCCCCGAAACUGAGCAAACACAAAGCGAUAUUAAAGCGAUAUUAGUUUGGCGCAAAUAUUUAUGAGAACUGUAAUGUAAUUGCGUAAUGGCAAAUGUAAUGUAUUAUAUAUUACCUAUUAUUAGUAGCAUAAAUGAGAAUGAAAAACACUGAGAAUAAACAGACACAGUAGCAAGAAAGCAACGUAAUAAUGAGCAAAUAUUUGAGGAAAUAUAUAUAUGUGCGUACAAGUAUUGUGAAAAUACCACGCUGUCAUGUAAUGUAAUGCAAAGCAAAUAAUUAAAAUCCAUGCUAAUGAGAGUAAGCGAUAGCGUAGGCCGCCGUAAAAAAAGCGUGGCAAUUUACAAAUGAAAGUGAAAUGGUUGAGGGGGAAAAUUGUGCUUAAUUGAAAUAAAAUGUAGCGCCGGAGUAUUUAGCGCUGAUGACACAGCCGCGUAAAUCGUUAAAGUCACAAAAUAGCAAGCAACAACAAAAACAAUCACAACUAGAUAAUGGAACUCCAAACAACAACAACAACACCACCAACAAACAAAAGCAGCACUAGUAAAGCAAAAUAAAUACAAUUAAAAAAAGUAGUAAAAAAUAAAUAAUUAAACAACAACAACAAAUAUAACAAAAUACAACAACCACCCACCUUCUAUUCAACGCGCUCUACAACACAGAAAAUUGUCUACUCAUUGUACGUAUGUAUGUAAUUUAUGUAAUGUAUCUAUGGAGCGCUGUGCUAUUGCUCCUCAUUUGUUAAUGCAUUUGAAGCCCAAACUUUACAACAACUACAACACCGAAUUGUAAUGAAAUGUUGCUGUGGCUUGCGGCAGGACUGCGCACAGCCAGCAUGAAUACAACAAAAAUAACAGAACACAAAAACAACAACACGAAAUUACAACUAGCAACAUAAACAACAAAAAAAACAAUAACAAAACCAACAACAACAAACAAGUUGCGUAAUUCAUUUUUGAAAGUAUCAUUUGGAAUGUGGCAACUUUGCACAUUUAUUAAGUAGUUUUCAGUUCACAGUUAUGACACAAGUUUCUAUGACAAUUGUAUGCAUGAGUGUGUGCGUGUAUGUGUUGUGGGAAUAGUUGAGCACAUACGCGUUUAUGUAAGUUAAAUGAAAUGUCAGUGUGCUUACAAAAAUAAGUAUAAAAGUUUGUUUUUCCACAAAAAGAGUAACCAAAAAAUAAACCGUUACCAAAAAUAUUCCAUUUGUUGCUCGACUGAAGUUUGAGAGAAAAAAUAUAUUUAAUGAUUGAUGGCUGUACACAACUCCCUGCGGCAGCAAAACCUGCCAUAAUUCACGCACUUUUUUGGCGCUGCCUUUUUUUUGUAUGAAACACUUCCGUUGCCCUCGCGCGCACUACAACAACUACAAAAAUACAUACAAAUAUUUGAUUUGUGACCGUUAGUUGUGAUGUUGUGUAAAUACUCAUCAAUCAUAAAUUUUCGCAUAUGCUCUUCAACAAUUCUAAUCGCUGUUUUGGCCUGCUGCCGGUUGUUCGGUGAGUGACAGUUUUUAGUUUACACUCGGCUGAGCAGUGAACGGUGUGCACUUGUUGUUGUUGUAAUGAAUGAACAAUUCCUGAAUGUUAAGUUAAAAAUGUAUUUUAAGCCAUUUUUAAAGUGAUUUGUUUGCUGUUAUGACAGCAAUUCAAUGGUGUGACACUGCGUAUGAGUAACAUUCCUUCGCUACAAUCACUUACUAAUGAAUUUUAAUCUCAAAUAAAUUGGUGGAAAUAUCGUAAAUAAAAUGAGAUUUGAUUAUAAAGUUAAUUUUUAGACAUGAUGAAUUUUAAUCGACUCAAAAAGUUAAAAAAAUUCACAAUUUUUUGACGACUUUUCAGUGGUCAAAAACCUGAUUUUUAGACUUUGUUUAGUGUACUGGACUAUGAGUGGUAUUAUAGCCUAAAUAGUCGUUAAUUAAGAUUCUCGAAGCAUUUUUGAUUGCUUAUGAGAGUGUUUUUCUACAGAAAACGUAAUCAAAUUUGAAGUUGUGGCUAAUUUUUUAAAAGAUUUUUAAUUUUGUUUCACUAAAAUUUGCCCAAAAAUAUGCUUUUGUCGGCAUUUUUAGCUCACAUAUAUACAAUUACAUUAUUUUUCUUUUUUGUAGUUUUUUAGACUAAAAUCUUCAAGUACAAAAUAUACUAAUAUAUUCCAAAUGAAGCCAAAUAUAAGUUUAUUUGAAGUAGUAAACAGGAAGCCGUUGUUUACGGAAAUAUUAAUAAAAUUUCCACAACACAAAUUUAACUAAACCACAUGCAUACAAACUAUUUCAGUUUUCAUUUAAAUUUCACUCAUAAAUAAAAUAUCAAAAAAUAAACAGACAAAUAUAUAGUUUCUUAACUAAAAGGUAGAUUUACUGAAUUGAAAAACCAACACACGUACAAACUAUUAGCAACACACACAAGUAGUAUAAAAAUAAACUAAACAAACUCGAAAUACAA